UCAUCCUCGUCCCCUUUGUCACCCUCACCCUUAACCUCGCCCUCGUCCCCUUUGUCACCCUCACCCUUAACCUCGCCCUCGUCCCAUUCCUCAUCCCUGCUUGGCACCCGGCAGCCCCUCCGCAAGGGGGCUUCUUGCACUUCCUGCUGCUGGUAGCUCCAAGCAGGGCCAUGCCGUGGCUUCUCAGCAAGAAGCGACGGCAGUCACCAUCCAGCACCACCAGUGGGCAGCCCUGGGCUGCCACCAGCUCCACCAGCGCCUCCGAGCUCAGGGAGGAGGGGCUGGGCAGGCUGCACCGCGCGGCCGCCCGCGGCGACCUGGCCUGGCUGAGGCGCUGGCGCUGGUAUGUGAAGGUAGUCGGCAUCGACAGGCGAGACCAGGAGAUGCGGACACCUCUGCAUCUCGCUUCGGCAAAUGGCCAUGCAGAUGUCCUUAGAUAUCUGCUAAGAAAGAACAGCCAGCCGAAUCUCGCUGACAACUUGAAGAGAACGGCACUGAUGAAGGCAGUACAGCAGGAGCAGGAAGAAUGUGUUGCUAUUCUGCUGGAACACGGUGCCGACCCGAAUCUGGCAGACGCUGGCGGCAACACUGCCCUUCACCUGGCUGUCCUAUCUAAAAAUACAGCUGUAGCAGGGCUGUUACUCGAGCAUAAUGCCAAUAGUGAUGCUCAGAACCAGAUGGGAUUUACUCCCUUAAAACUUGCAGCCCUCCUACAGCAUGAGGAGAUUCUGGAGUGCCUUCUGAAAAAAGCAGCUGACAGGCAUGCUCAAGCCCAAUGUGAAAGGUUGGUGAACUUUCCCAGCAGCUGGACAUGGAGCCUAAAACAGGCAUGCAGCUAGAGGACCAAAACCAGACUUUGCAAGAAGAGCUGUCCACUCUGCGUGGGAAGUAUGAAAAA